AUUCUUCAGCUAAAUUUAGUCAAAUCAAAUCAUAAUUGGGAAACAUGGUGGAAAGCAUAUACUAAUUAUACUAAUAGUGUCGGUAUUAAUUUCCAUUUCCCAAUUUUUAUUCAAUCAGAAAAAAUGGAUUUAAUUAUAGUUUUUGCAGUCUUUACGAGUUAGAAGAGCCAUGGAGGAAAAGAGAAGGUUUUGUGAGUGGAAAGGUCAAGGUGGGCUGGAUAAAGACAAGGGUAGGUAUGAGUGAAAGGAAAGGAGAACCAAUUUGAAUUCGCUAAGAUUAUAAAGUUUUGGUGUUGGGUGUUGGUUAUGUUGUGAGGUAAGUGAUAUAUGAAAAGUAAAGUUUGAAAUUUGAAGAGGCAGCAUGGAAGUAGAUGAACUGGACUACGUGUUGGUGCCUCUGGGUGUGUUGGUGUUGGGAAUCUAUCACGUUUGGCUUCUCUGCACUAUAAUUCGUUACCCAUCUCACACUGUCAUUGGCUUGAAUGCUCAGUCUCGUUACCAAUGGGUUCUUUCCAUCAUGGCAGAUCCUCUGAAAAAUGGGAUUUUGGGAGUUCAAACAAUCCGCAACAAUAUCAUGGCAUCUACCCUUCUAGCUACAACAGCAAUAACUCUUAGUUCACUUAUUGGCGUUUUUGCAAGCAAUGAAUCAGAUACCAAACUAGUUUAUGGCAACAAAACUUCCCUUAAUUCUUCAAUCAAACGCCUCUCCAUCUCACUAUGCUUCCUCGUUGCGUUUCUAUGUAAUGUGCAAUCUAUCAGAUACUAUGCACAAGUGAGCUUCUUGAUCACCACACAUGCACUGAAAGGCCAGAGGGAUUUUAUAGAAUAUGCUGCAAGAUCCUUAAACCGGGGGAGUUAUGCUUGGUCUCUGGGGCUGCGUGCCUUCUACUUUUCAUUUCCUCUUGUCCUUUGGAUUUAUGGGCCAAUACCUAUGCUUGCCUGUUCCUGCUUCACAUCAUUUAUAUUGUACUUCUUGGACACAACCACUCAAAUAACACGAGAUCUUCACACUAAGUCAUUCAAUAAGAGGGAAACUGGGGGGGACACAGAAGCAUCCUAGUUUCAUAAUUCUAACUGUCCUUGAACUUGAUAGUCUUUUAGCUCUUGGUAAAGUUCAAUAGUAGGCUUUCUAUAUUCAUGUAAUGAUACCAUUAUUGGUUAAUUAUAGUACAAUCUUCAUUGAAAAGUAUUUGUAGUAUAUUGAAGAGAAAAGUUGUUUUUUGAGUGAAUGAUUCAAUGAUUGGAGAAAGUGAAAAUAAUUGGGGUUGUGGGAGUUCAAAAAUCAGCAACAAUAUCAUGCCAUCGACUCUUCUUGAUGCAACAGCAAUCACUCUUAGUUCACUUAUAGGCGUUUUUGUAAACAGUGACUCAGAUACCAAACUAGUUAAUGACAACAAAACUGAAGUUCAAUUGUAUAUUUCCUAAAACCAUCUCUGUUUUAUUAUUGUUACUGGUGAAUUAUUUAUACUAUUGACUGAGAAGUAUGUGUUGUAUCUUGAAGUAAUUUUCCCCCUGUUCAUUUGU